GGAGCGGGGUCCCCGGGUGCCUGAGGCGCAGAGGGGAGCGGGGUCCCCCCUGAGGCGCUGAGGGGAGCUGGACGCCGGGUGCCUGAGGCGCUGAGGGGGGCGGCGGGUGCGUGAGGCGCUGGGGGGAGCGGCGCCCUGGCACGGGGUUGAUGCGAGCGACGGGCCGACCCCCGGAGGCCGAGUGAGGCUCCGGGCGGGCCGCGGCCUGAGGAGGCCCCCGAGCCCGCAGCCGGGGUGCCCGUCUGCCCUGCCGAAGCGGGGGGGGGGCGGGCCCGGGCCGCCCUGUGGUUGCUGGCACCCGGUUCGGUGCGGGGCAGGAGCCAGGCCCUCACCCCGCCUGGCUGACCCCAGGGUGCUAGGGUAGGGGUGGCCAGAGCCGGGCUGGAGAAAAGUGGCCCUCCCUGGGGAGAAGCAGGCAGUGUGUCAGGGGAGCACCUUCUGAGGAGGCCGCCUGGCUUACAGCUUCAAAGGCAGAGGUGUCCCACCGGACAGCCCAGGGAGAAACUAGUCUUAAAUUUUAAGCUCUUCUAGCACAGCUGUGAGCCUGCAGUGUGGGGAUGAUGUGCUCAGUACUAAUGAGAUGCCAUAAAAUGGUAGUGGUUUCACCAUGAGAAUCCUGUAUGGGUGCUGGUAUAAAAGAUGAGGCUGAAUGAGAGCCGGACAAGAUCCUUCCAGGCUCCUGUCACCAUCCAUAAUUACCCAGGCAGGCAGGUGUAUGUGUUUCCCAAUGGCCAGUCUGAUUCGGAAGAGUCAGAGGAGGAACUCAAUGUUAUGGAAUUGCGACCAAGAGGCAAGGAGCAGCAGCGAUGCAGCACUUCUCAGGACAGAGCUGGAGAUGUGGUACUUCUGGAACGAGAGAUUACAGAGGAUGAUAAUCUUAACAAGCUAGCCUUGCAGUAUGGUUGUAAAGUUGCAGAUAUCAAACGCGUCAACAACUUCAUCCGGGAGCAGGACUUGUAUGCACUGAAGUCCAUCAAGAUCCCCGUGAAGCCCCACGGGCUGUUAACGGAGAACGGCAGAGAGCUAAAGCCGCUCCCAACUGCGCCCUCCCAGACCGGCCUGACGGUUUUGGACUUGCCAGAGCCUGAUGACGGUGUGAGCAGCUCUGCUGACGGCAGGCACCUGAGCGACUACUUCAGGGGGAUUGACAAGAACAUUCAGGACGCAGUGCAGGCGGAGGUCCAGCUAAACACAGAGUACUGCAUGGAAGCGCUGGAGAGGCCGCCGCCUGAGUUGGGGAAGCAGGAGACCAGUAAUGGUGCGGACUGUGGAAUCCAGUGGUGGAACGCAGUUUUUAUUAUGCUCCUGAUAGGAAUUGUCCUGCCAGUAUUUUAUAUCAUCUAUUUUAAAACACAAGGCCUGGUGGCCCAUACCUCCAACACUAUGCUAACCUCAGAUAUUUCAACAGAUGGAUUGGAAGGGAAAUUACCACAAAGCUCAGCUGUAGAAAAAAAAUCCUAAAGGGGAGCAGCAGCCAAACAGCCUGUCCUCCCAGCACUGAAGCCCGUACGUCAGUGACUGACUCGAGUGCAUUCAGGGGCAUAACAAUACAGAGUAUUUUUAUUUUUUUAAGUAGCUGAUGUUGUAAUCCCAAACUUGACUGAAAGUGAGGUGAGGUGAUUUUUACAGAAAAAUAAGGAUGCUUUGUUGCUUGUAAAUAUCAUCAGGCAGGUGGCUUAACAUUCAUGAACUCUUGUUGAGGGAAAGUAUUUUGUAGCAAUUCACUCAUCUUGAUUGCUUCAGGUAUUUAUGCCUUGUCUGAAGCAGAUCCUUUGCUGCUGAGAUGAAGAGUGCAGUAUUAAUGUGAUGGGAAAGCUGGGGGCUGGUGGUGGUUUGAGAAAAUGCUUCAUGCUUAGAGUAGAAGCGGGGAUUCUUCUUUUUCUCCAAACUGUCAUUUUUAUCUUUUUCAGACUGUGGCAGUUUUGGCAUACUUAAGCCUAAGAUGGCGGUGACUUCUAGUGUGUCACACUAAGUGUGCCACGGCAGGAGGAUGCUGGCAGCACCUCACCUUUUCGUCCUUUUGGGCAGGUGUUUAAGCUGUGUUUAUUAGGGUGCUUCAAGCCCACCGCUGUGAAGGGUGAGCCCAGACCUCUUCCCCUCGAUGCAGUCUUCAGAGACUUCUCUCGAAAUCCAGUGUCUCUGCAGGCAGAGCUCAGUGCAGAAUCGUGCUUUCGCCAGGGUGCUGCUUGUCCAGGGCCAAUACGUCAGUGCGACCACGGGUGGCCAGAGAGCACUGGAGGAGGAGGUGAGAGUAGGGUUCGGCCUGUGGUAUGCGCCUCUGAAAGGCUCGUUUGCUGGGGGGAGGUCUAGCUGGUGUUAAGGUUUUUUUAAAAGUAAUAAUAAUCCAUAAUGGUGCAUCUCAAACACUCGGUUCCAGUCAUGGACUUGAGUUUCCUUGUUUGUUGUCUUCACCUGAGAGUGUUGCCAAAUGGCGUUUAAUUGCAAGGUCCAGGAAGGAAUCCUUCAGAGGGUGGGGCUGGGAGGCUGCAGAGCGUUAAACGUUUUGGUGAACUGCUGACGUUUGCGUAGGGAAGUCCAGUGAUGCGUCAGUGGCUCGAGGUGUCCUGGGAUGUCGGUCAGCCUGAGGCCCGUGUGGUUUGGGCUGAGUCAAUCAACGCUACGUGCUAGAAGUGAGCAGAAGCUGAGGCCUGGGGGAGGGAGCUUUGCUGCAGAGAAGAAUUUGCCUCUGAAAUUUAAUUCAGGGACUGCGGGCAGAGGUAAUGGCUGUCCUAGAGCCACCUGCCAAGGCGUUUGGGAGCGUGGUGGUGUGAAACUCGGCCAGGGACGGGGUGAGGCCCAAUGGCGACAGCAGCCAGCUGAGAGCGGCAUGCCAUUGUGGUGAGGGCCCCGGCCCGUUCCUGGGCGCCUGGGGCUCUGCUGCCGCUCAGCCGGCAGCUGCCAUCCGCCCCAGGCUGAGGGUAGAGCGCGUGGGCAGGUGGCUGAAGCCAUCGCUCGCUCGCACUGCAGUGGCCCUUCUGCCCCACACACACUGGCGUCCCCGCUGCCUACAGGAAGCACAGGGCCCUGCCCCACGCAGCCGGCCUGCCCCACCAGCGGGGCCGCAGCCUGGCCAGAGCCGCCUUUUGCGAGGCCAGGGCAGUGCUGCCUCGGGAUUUGGGAGGGGCUGGUUUGGUUUCUGGGGGGUCUUGUUGCUUGUGGCUUUGUGAGCGAAGGUGGCGCAGGGUGAGAGCUGUGGCACAAGCUCCUGUCGUACAGCUGCGCCCACCUCCUGGCCUGCGGACGAGCACCCGCAUGGGACAGGGAAAAAGGGACUGAGGUGUCUCCAGGGACAUGAGGCACAGCUGGCCAAGCAGGCGGAGCCAGAGCCAGGCGAUGGUGUAAUGACACCCUGUGUUUUCUGCACCCAUCAAAAAUAGUACUCAGGAAAGCCUGGGGGAACCUAAUUUUGUAAACGAGGUCUCUAAAGUAUCUUGUACUGAACAAAAGUUUCUAUUUUUCUUCUAUGAAGGAAAUGUAUCUUUGUUUGGGGUGGGGGGGGCAUUAUGACAUUUUUAAAUAAAGCAAAAUUAAAUAAAAGCACUAGGAGCACCACCUA